AAGCGCCCCUUAUUUUCCUCCACUUCCUCAACCCCUCUUCCACGUUGGCCUGCCGCUCCCUCCGCCACCAGAGCCACCUCCUUGCCAUCCACCACCACCAGUAGCCUUCCUCUGGCUCGACCAUUGAAGCACCCGAACGUAUUUUUGCUUCCUUUUGUUUUUUAGAAGCCAUGAAUGAGUUAGCCAUGCUAUCUGUUUGUUGUAAUGCCCAAGUAUAUUUAUGAUUGGAUGGAUUUUUAAACCUACUCGGUUUUGAGUGGAUUUUAUUAAGAUUCGUGUUGUCGGAUGUACGGGCUCCGCACCUUUCAUUCUCUUCUCCUCCGACAAAUUUUCUUUUCCUUUUCUUAAGGGUUUUCCGAGGAUGCUACCGAGAUGGAGAAAAGCGGCUUCCCAUCUCUCCGCCCUGGCGUCUCAGCAAAAUAGGGUGGGAGCCUGCCUCUUCGACCGGAGCUAUGCUAAGGUUUCUGCCGCUAUCGCUACCUCGAGUCCACCUACUUCGGCCCCCAAGCGCGUUCCAAGUAGCCCAGAGGUCAGACUAAAUGCUAUGUUUUGGUCAAAGCCCUGUUCACUGGCUUUGGCUCCGAACUCACCUCUGAGAGUAGAAGAACCACAAUUUGAGGGCAUCCGACGAAUAAUGCUCAAGCUACUGCUGUUCUAUAGUGAGCAGAGCAAAUCCAUUAGAGGGGCAAAUGUGGUCUAUCGACGAAUCAAAUAUCAGGUUGACCGGCCUGAUAUUUAUGAUGUAUUUCACUUGGAAAGAACAUUUAAAACUACAUUUUCUUUGCUUGUGCUUCAUAUGUGGCUCUUCUUACGUCGCUUGAAGGAAGAGGGAAAGGAAGGAGUUAAAUUUGGACAAUAUCUAUAUGAGAUCUACAAUCAUGAUCUCGAGUUGAGAGUGUCCAAGGCUGGGGUAAACUUGCUGCUGACAAAGUGGAUGAAGGAUCUAGAAAAGAUAUUCUAUGGGAAUAUUGUUGCAUAUGAUGCUGCUAUGAGUCCUGACGCUAAACAUGAUGAUCUUGCAAACGUGAUAUGGAGGAAUAUUUUUUCGGAUGAUGGCUCAGAGAUAAUAAAUGAUACUGCUGCUACUGCAGUCCAGGCUAUGGCUAGAUACACAAGGAGGGAGUCUACCUGCCUUUCAUUGACAGAUAAAGAAGAAAUAUUCUCUGGCAACUUCAUGUUCACCUCAUUGGGAAAACAAACAUCUAACCAAGAGAAGCCAACCAAAUGAACCCUAUGUGCCUUGGGAAAACAGUAUGUUUCAAGAGUGACAAAAUCAUAUGCUGAAUAAAAAUUUGUCUGGCCUUUCUUUAAUGGAACAAAAGGGUAUUCAUUAUUUUUAGCUUGCGUUGAUGGAUACAUUCCAACUCACCUAGGAACUUUAUUUUGUUGAAUGCCAUCAAAAUAUCCAGUGGAAAUUAUUUGUAGGUUAGUAAACAUUUGUGUGUCAUUCUUAUCUCAUCUUAUUUAUUCACUUUAUUGGCACCAUACUUCCUC